UGCAAAGCAUUCAACCGCGCCACCCACCUUCGCAACCACCAACGUCAGCACGCGUCAGCGGCACGCCAGUCAGCCAGCCAUCAGCGCCACGCCCAGUCAGCGCCACCCAGUCAGCGCCACGCCAGUCAGCGCCACGCCAGUCAGCCGAGACGCCAUCAGCGAUACGCCCAGUCCAGCGAUACGCCCAGUCAGCGAUACGCCCAGUCAGCGCACCCCAGUUCAGCGAUACGCCCCAGUCAGCGAUACGCCCAGUCAGCCCACGCCCAGUCAGCGCCACGCCAGUCAAGCUAUACGCCCAGUCAGCGCCACGCUCAUGCAGCGAUACGCCCAGUCAGCGAUACGCCCAGUCAGCGAUACGCCCAGUCAGCGAGUCACGCGCCAGUCAGCGCGAUACGCCCAGUCAGCGCCACCGCCAGUCAAGCGAUACGCCCAGUCAGGAUACGCCCCCAGUGCAGCGCCCACGCCCAGUCAAGGGGCGCCACGCCCAGUCAGCGAUACGCCCAGUCAGCGAUACGCCCAGUCAGCGAUACGCCCAGUCAGCGAUACGACCAGUCAGCGAUACGACCAGUCAGCGAUACGACCAGUCACCGACGCCUAGUAACCUAUGCUCAGUCGCCCACGGCUGCCACCGCAUUCUCACCUCCACGACAUCGCUCCAAUACCCCCUGCCAUUACCCCACUUCGGCUAACGCCAUCCUGGUAACACCCUGUCGCCGUCACCGUCUUACUGUGUUCCCUAGCUCCGCCUCUGCCAGCACCAUCCCGCCCCGCUGCCUCCACAGUCUCGUCCCGCGUGGUCGUCUCGCGCAGUCUCGCGUGGGCGCCUCGCCGCCACCGGAAGUGCACGCGGGCGAGACGCCCCUCGGGCGAACACGGCCCUCGCCCGCGAACACGCCGCCGCCUCGACCUUGGCGAGAUUUAUGGCGGAAGCGCGCGCCGACGACAGCGCCCGCCGCCGAUAUAAGAGACCCCGCGCGAACGCAACACAUCACUCCUCCCAGCGCUUCACCCACCAUCAACAUGCAGCUCCUCACCGCAGUCUUCCUGCUGGCGGCCGCAGCCGCCGUCCUCGCCGCCCCCGCCCCGGCCGAGGACGCCUCCGCCGAAGACGACGCCCGAGAUUUCGCGGAUAUGGCGCGGGAGGGCGCGCACAAGAUGGCGGACAUGGCGCACGACGGUCUGAACAAGAUGGUGGAGCUGGCGAAGGGCGCGGGCCACAAGAUGGCCGACAUGGCUCAAGCGGUGAAGGACGAGAUGACGGGCGGCGAUCACGCGGAACACGAUGCGAGUGGAGAGGAAACGAAAACAGGAGGGGCGGCGGAGCUGGAAAAUGGCCAUGUGAAGUCACUGGUGAGCUGCGGAGACGCAGAUGGAGGUUGCGGUGGCCACGGUGAAGGCAGGAGAAUGCGCAGAAGCUCCUCGUCCCUGCGACACGAGCGCUUGCGGCGGGAGGUGAGUGCGGUGAUGCGAGCGCUGGUGGAGCGACGCCACGAGCAGGUGAUGCGCCUGGUGGCUGAACACGAGGCCCACCGCCGGCGUCUGACCGACGCCAUGGACAACAGCCACGACCACAUGGGCGGCGCCCCCGCGCAUGGCGGCCUGCACCACGCGGACGGCGCCGACGGCGGCGGCGCGCAGCGCGCAGACCACGCCCACGCGGACCACCUCUCUGACCACGAUCACGCGGACCACCUCGGAGACCACGCCCACGCCCAGGCCCACGCCCACGCCCACGCGGGCGCCCAAGUCAAUCAUGAACAGAACGGCCACGGCCUGCACGAUGGACACGAUGGGCACGAUGGACACGAUGGGCAUGAUGGGCAUGACGGGCGCAACGACCACCAUGCGGGGGCGGGGGCGGCGGCGGCGGCGGCGAGCGGGAACGGCGGAGGUGGCGCGGCGGCGGCGGCCGUGUCUGCCAAUGCGGGCCAU